AUGUAUAAUCGUACAUCUAUCAUUGUCCAUCCAACAUGGAAACUACUUCAGUUUAUCAAGUUGUUAAUUUCAAACAAAUUACAUUGUAAAAAGUACAAUAUUGAAAAGCCUACUACUACUAGUACUACUACUACUACUACUACUACUACUACUACUACUACUACUACUACUACUACUACUACUACUACUACUACUACUACUACUACUACUACUACUACUACUACUACUACUACCACUACUACUACUACUACUACUACUACUACUACUACUACUACUACUACUACUACUACUACUACUACUACUACUACUACUACUACUACUACUACUACUACUACUACUACUACUACUACUACUACUACUACUACUACUACUACUACUACUACUACUACUACUACUACUACUACUACUACUACUACUACUACUACUACUACUACUACUACUACUACUACUACUACUACUACUACUACUACUACUACUACUACUACUACUACUACUACUACUACUACUACUACUACUACUACUACUACUACUACUACUACUACUACUACUACUACUACUACUACUACUACUACUACUACUACUACUACUACUACUACUACUACUACUACUACUACUACUACUACUACUACUACUACUACUACUACUACUACUACUACUACUACUACUACUACUACUACUACUACUACUACUACUACUACUACUACUACUACUACUACUCACAUCUGAUCAACUUUUAUUGAAUGUAAAUAUAGUAAUAAUAACCAGAAAUACUACUAAUCUAUCUAUAGAGUGUCUUGUUUCCUUUUUUUUGUUUUUCUCCUUUCUUUUUCAAAUUAAUGAAAUAUACAUUAUGUCAAUCAAAUAAGCCUAUGGAAGUUUUGUUAUUCCUUUUAAAAUUAACCAAUUUUACAUUUAUACUAACUACUACUAUUGCUGCUAGAAAUAAUAGUAGUAGACAUAAUUGUCAUUGUAAUAUACAUGAUUCUUAGCAUGAAAUCAGUGAUUAGGGCAAUAUAAGCAACAAUUGUAUGUGUGCGAAUGUGUGUGUGUGUGCCUGUGUGUGAGUGUGUAUCACACUAAUGUACACAGACCGAUAGACAACUAGUUUGCUUUAUAUUUUGUCCUUUCGUUUUUAAAAGGUUUCACACUCUAUAAGACAUACAGAGGCUUGGAUUAUUAUUAUUAUUAUUAUUAUU